GUUCUUUAUUUCAAAAGAUGAUCAGAAGCGCUUUGUCAUCGCACCUGUAGCAGCUGUGGAGCCCCCAGUCCUCCACCUUGGAGGACCGACCCCUUUCCGUCUCUAUGGUUCCACGCCGGAAUUCCCCGGCGGCAACGACAACUACCUGGCCAUCACCGGCGCGGCUCACCCCUUCCUAACGGGCGCCGAGACCUUCCACACGCCCAGCUUGGGGGACGAGGAGUUCGAGAUCCCCCCCAUCGCCCUCGACGCCGACCCCUCGCUGGCCGUGGCCGACGUCGUCGCCCACUUCGACGAGCUGGGGGACCCCGGCGCCCCCCCCGAGGCCGCCUUCGCCCCCCCCUACGGGGUGCAGGCCCUCGACAUGCCCGUGGGGAUCGGGCCCGGCCUGAUGGAGCAGGGCGGGGGGCUGCUGCCGGGGGGGCUCUCCAUGGAACUGGACCCCCCCCUGGCCGCCCCCUACGCCGCCGCCCCCCCCGUCACCAUCGAGGUGCCGAUGAGCCCGGGGGGGCUCCUGGCCCCCGGCGCCCUCACCACCAUCGACCAGAGCGAGCUCAGCUCCCAGCUGGGGCUCAGCCUGGGGGGGGCGCCCCCCACCCUGCCCCCCCCGGCCCCGGAACCCUCCCCGGACGAGCGCCUCUCCGCCACCCCCUCGCCCACCCCCUCGCUGCCCGAUGAGGAGGCCGAAGACUUCCGCAGGCAACUCCCGGCCCAAAAGGCCGCCCCCCCGCCGGCCGCCCCCGAGGGGGGCCGCAAGCCCAAGCCCCCCAAGAAGCAGAAGAAGAAGAAGGACCCCAACGAGCCCCAGAAGCCGCUCUCCGCCUACGCCCUCUUCUUCCGCGACACGCAGGCGGCCAUCAAGGGCCAGAACCCCAACGCCACCUUCGGCGAGGUCUCCAAGAUCGUGGCCUCCAUGUGGGACAGCCUCGGCGAGGAGCAGAAGCAGGUCUACAAGCGCAAAACGGAGGCCGCCAAGAAGGAGUACCUCAAGGCCCUGGCCGCCUACCGCGCCAUCCAGACCACGGCGGAGCCUUCGGAGCCGGACCCGCCGCCUCCGCCUCCUCCUCCCGCGGCCUCCCAGCCUCCCUCGGCCUCCGAGCCUCCGCCGGGCCUCGCCGCCGCGCCGCCGCCGGGCAUCACCAAGAUCAUCAUCCCCAAGCAGAUGCUGCCUCCUUCCCUCGCCGCGGCCUCCACGGCCUCCACGACGGCCGGAAGCGGCGGAGGCCCGGCCUCCGGCCUCGUCACCGUCAUCCCGGCCACCGUCGUCACCUCCCGCGGCCUCCACCUGGGCACGGGGACGCAGAUCGUCACCCGCUCCGUCCUGGCGGCCGCUGCCGCCGCCGCCGCGGCCUCCUCCUCCUCCUCCUCCUCCUCCUCCUCGGCCUCCGCCGUGCCUCCCCCUCGCCUCCAGCCUCCCCCCCUCCAACAAAUGCCCCCCCCGCAGCCCCCCGGCCCGGCCUUGGCCGUCCUCCAGCCUCCUCCCCCCCUCCAAGCCAUGCAGCAGCCUCCGCCCCAGCCCAAGGGAGGCCGCCUCCCCCAGCAGCCUCCCCCCCUCCAAAUCAAGAUCCUGCCCCCCCCCGGCCUCCACCUCCAAACUUUGGCCCUCCCCGAGGCCCCCGGGGCUGGCGGAGGGGCGGCAGGGGGGGGAGGGGCGGGGGGGGGCGGCCUCCCCAACCCUCCCCCCCCCGCAACCCCGGCGGCCUCCGCCCAAGGCGGGACCCCGGCCUCGGCGGCGGGGCCGGCCUCACCGGAGGCCGUGGAGAUGAUCGCGGGCGACGUGGUGCCGGAGGUGGAAUCCCCCACCCAAAUGUCCCUGGAGCUGGUGGCCGAAUCCCCCGCGCCCGGCCCCGAAUCCCCCCGACCCCGCUGCGUCCGCUCGGGGUGCGACAACGCCCCCGUCCCCAGCUCCGACUGGGACAACGAGUACUGCAGCAGCGAGUGCGUCGUCAAGCACUGCCGGGACGUCUUCUUGGCCUGGCUGGCCGCCCGCAACGCCAGCACCAGCGUGGUUUUCGUCAAAUGA